GGUUUGAGGCAUGUCUUCACCACAAAUUCUACUUCUCUAUAAGCUUGGUUCUCCUCUGCGCUUGUGAGCGUAUGUUUAACUGUCAAGCUCUUCUUCUGUGGGCAGGUGGCCAGUAAUGGAGCAACCAAAUCAAUGGCUGACGCAGACGGAACAGGAGGAGCUGGCGUACAUGUACCAGCAAGAAGGGGAUCCCGUCACCGUGCCCGGCAUGGAGCAGCAGUUCGCGGAGCCACCGCUGCCUGGCCAUCAGGAGCAGUACUACACCACGUCGCCGAUGGCGACCCCGUCGUUCCAUCCAUCUCGCAGCUCCGAUCUCCCGAGCUUUGGUGGCUCGUCGUCGUUGCCGAACCUGCCGUUCGGAUUGGCGACGGUGAAGAACGAGCUGGGGCAGCCGUCGCCGCCGCCGCCAUCGUCCAACUUCCUCUCCUUCGGCGCUGGCCAGGCUGGCACCCUCAACUUCUCCGGAGGCGCCUGGCAGCACGACGGCGUCGAAGGGACGAUGCAGCUGCAGGCGCCGGAGAGGCGGAGCAGGGCGCCGGCGAACGCGCAGGAGCACGUCAUCGCCGAGCGCAAGCGGCGGGAGAAGCUGCAGCAGCAGUUCGUGUCCUUGGCCACCAUCGUCCCCGGCCUCAAGAAGACAGACAAGAUCUCUCUGCUGGGGAGCACCAUCGACUACGUGAAGCAGCUGGAGGACAAGGUGAGGGCCCUGGAGGAGCAAGGCUCGCGGAGGUCGUCGGAGUCCACCACCGUCUUCGAGAGCAAGUGCCGCAUAUCCGCCGCCGACAACGACGCAGCAGGACCCAGCGGGUCCGAGGACGCGGCCGAGGACUCGAGCCCGGCCGUCGAGGCUAUCAUCCGGGGGAACACGGCGCUCCUGAAAAUCUGCUUCAAGGAGAGGAGAGGGGUGCUGGUGAUGGUCCUCUCCGAGCUCGAGAACCAGGGCCUCUCCAUCAUAAACACCAACGUCGUCCCGUUCACCGACUCCUGCCUCAACAUCACCAUCACGGCCAAGGCAAGGCCUCUCUCCAUUGCGCAAAUGCGGUUGUAACUUGCAAGAAAUAAGCUUCCAAUGCAUGAUCAGAAGAUUGACAUGUUCGGUUUUGUGCAGAUCGAAGAGGGCUUUUCGUCAGCGGCUGAGCUCGUGAGGAACCUGACCGUGGCUCUCAGAUGUUUCAGCUGAAAGUAGAACGGAAGCGAUUUGUAUAGAUCUUUAAUUUCUGAUUUCUGAGUUUGGUCACGGGGUCCAUUUCUACCAGUGUUGUGUGAAGUCUGUAACAAUUUCAGUUUACCAUUUAUGUGACUAACCAGAUCUCUUUUUUUAGAAAUAGAGGAGGACCCCCAGCCUCUGCAUCUAAACAAUGCAUGCAGUCACUUUAUUAAUUAUUCACAUAAGACCUUAUAAAGUCAUACAACAGUAAGAUUAAA